AUGAGUACUGACGAAGCUAAACUGGCAGCUUUACAACAAAAAUAUAAUUCUUUCCAAAGUGAUAUAACCGAACUUACUGAACAAGUAGGAACUAUCUCCUCACAAUUACAAGAACACUUUAUAGUUGAUCAAACAUUGAGUAAAAUUGAUCCAUCCCAAAGAUCAGAUCGUAAAUGUUUCAAGAUGAUAGGUGGAGUUUUAGUUGAAAAAACUGUGGAUGAUGUGAUAAAGUUAUUGGAUGAAGAUAUUAAAUUACUAAAGGAUCAAAGAGAAAAGACUGAAAAGGUUUUGAAUACAACCAGAAAAGGUUUGGAAGAUUUCAUCAAGACUAAUAAUAUUAAGAUUGUUAGACAAUAG